CCCCCGCCCCCCCCUCCUUCCCCUCCCCGUCACCCUCCCUCUCCAACCAUGUCAAUCGACACCGACAACAUCGCAGGCAACACCGUGGCCCAGCUGCGCGCCUUUCUCGCCACCCAUGAGGUCGACCUUCCGCCCAGCAGAUCCCGCAAGGCCGUCUACGUCGCCCUCGUUGAGCAACACCUCGCUGGCACCGCCUCUACUGCUGCCCCCACCACCAUCACCACCAUGACCACCUCCUCCACCGACUCCACCUCCUCCACCGACUCCACCUCUUCCUCCUCCACCAACACCAUCAUCUCCACCGACUCUACCACCACCGCCGCCGCUUCUUCGAUGUCAGACUUUGCCGCCGCUCACGCUUCGUCGCGGUCGUUUGUGAUGGCCACGGCAGCGCUGCUCUCCGUGGUUGUCGGCGUGGCGUCGUGGCUGCUGAUGGCGCCCGCCGGCGACGUGGAUAUGCCUGUUGAGAUGCGACGGAUGCUCGGCACGACACUUGCUGCCUCGGCCAUGGCGUAUGCGCUGGCAUGGACGCUUAUUCCCAAGCUUGCGCCGUCGCUGCGCGACAACGGGCUGUUUGGUAUCGACAUCAACAAGUUUGACGCCGCCGGGACGCCGCGGACGCAGUGGGGCAGCCGGACCAAGGUGCCCGAGUCGCUCGGCCUCGUCUGCGGUGUCAUCUACCUGGCCACGGUCGUGGUUUUCCGCUUUGGCGAGCCUGCGGUCCGCAACGCGCUUGCGGAUGCCGGCACCGACCGGGCCAUCGACCUCGGUGAGUACAACGCGGCUCUGCACUCGAUCUGCUUCAUGCUCCUCCUCGGCUUUGCCGACGAUGUGCUUGAGCUGCGUUGGCGGUACAAACUCGUUCUUCCGACGGUGGCGACGCUACCGCUGCUGGCGGCGUACUCGGGCGGGACGUCGGUGGUCGUGCCCAACAUGCUCCGCCCGUGGCUCGGCCCGUUCUUCGACCUCGGCCUCUUUUACAUCGGAUACAUGGGCUGCGUCGCCAUUUUUUGCACCAACGCCAUCAACAUCUACGCUGGCAUCAACGGCCUUGAGGCCGGCCAGUCGUUUGUCAUUGCCCUCGCCGUCGUUGUCCACAACCUGGUGGAGAUGCUCGCGCCAUCGGCGUCGUCAGAGCCCGACUUGCACCAGUUCUCGCUCUCUCUCAUGCUCCCAUUUGUCGGCGUCACCCUUGCUCUCCUCCACUACAACUGGUACCCGUCGUCGGUCUUUGUCGGCGACACCUUUACCUACUUUGCCGGCAUGUCCUUUGCCGUCGUCGCCAUCCUCGGCCACUUUUCCAAGACCCUCAUGCUUUUCUUCCUCCCGCAGAUCCUCAACUUUGUCCUCUCGCUCUACCAAAUCCUCAUCGGGCCCAUGCUGUUCAAGGUCAAGUGCCCACGCCACAGGCUUGCCCGCUACGAUCCUGACACCGGCCUCCUCCACGCCGUCCCGGCCCACCACAACCUGCUCAACCUCUACCUCUACUUCGCCGGCCCGCUCCCCGAAUCGACCCUCAACCUCCAUCUCAUGGCCCUCCAGGCCGUCUCCUGCCUCUUUGCCUUUGUCAUCCGCUACUACGUCUCGACCUUUUUCUACGAUGCGUAGAGCUGCGGCCAAGACCCCAGUCAAGACUACAACCAGG